ACCUGCCUGACCAGUAUGAUAACAACCGUCAGCAAGCCACCACCGCCGCUCCAAACGAGAUCACACGAGCUAAAUAAAAUAACGAAUAACAGCUGGUCGUGUCAAACAACGUGUUAUCUCAAAACAUAACCUAAAAGUUAAUUAAACUCGUAAUUAACUAUAGACUUUAGUCACACGUAGUCGGCGGCAGAACGCGUUUCGCUACGCGAUAGUGUUUUGUUUUCGAAACGUCGCCCGAGAGAUGCGGACUAUUAAUUAGAGCGAGACGAAAGCAAAAUGUCCCAGUGGUUGUUUGUGACGUCUGUGUUUGUGUUGCUCCUGAGGGCGGAAUGCAGAUUCGUCGGUGACAAAUGCCAAGCGGAAGGCAGACCGGGCAUGUGCAGACUCCUCGACGACUGCCGGCCACUUCUCGAAGAAAUCAAGAGAUGCGGGACCCCCAUGCCGGCGCACAUUAGGAGGAAGCUGCAGACGCUUAUGUGUGGCUUUGACACUGAUAAGCCUAUCGUAUGUUGUCAGUCAGAAUCGCAGACGACGGAACUACCAACCCCCCUCUUCACAGUACCCCACGGGCUAGGCGUCCCCUUUAACAACAAUUGGGAAGACUCUCCACAAAACUGGGGCUCAUUUACUACAUCUAGUACUAGAAGACCAUCAUGGAAUAGUGGUACACCCACUAGAAGACCAUCUUGGAACAGUGAUACUACUACAACUAAAAGACCAUCUUUGACCAAUGAAAAUGGUAUAACCAAUAAUAAGAAUGGAAAAGAAGAAGCGGUAGAUGUGAGAAAUCAUAGGAACUUUAGGCUGUUGCCGACGGAUUGCGGGGUUAUUGAAGAUGAUAAGAUUUGGGGAGGCAAUAGAACGAGACUGUUUGAAAUGCCGUGGAUGGUGCUCAUCUCUUACAAUUCAGCAAGAGGCACCAAGCUAAGCUGUGGAGGUACCCUUAUCCACGAGCGUUACGUUUUGACGGCGGCGCACUGCGUGUCGUUUCUGGGCGAGCGAUUGAAACUGUCAGGAGUCGUGCUGGGAGAGUACGACACCAGAACCGACCCGGACUGCGAGUGGGACGAGGGGGAGAGGAUGUGCGCUCCUAGUACCCGGAACGUGACCGUCGAUACCAUUAUCCCACACCCCGGCUACAGUCCGCAGAACUUAUUUGAUGACAUCGCGCUUCUAAGGCUCUCUGAGCCAGCGGAUUUUUCGCAAGAUAACUUGAAACCAGUGUGUCUACCAUCGACGCCAGAGCUACAAGCGGACAGUAUGGUCGGGCAGCAGGUGGCGGUGACGGGGUGGGGCGCCACGGAGGACGGGCUGCAGUCGCCCGUGCUGCUCAGCGUGGCGCUGCCGGUCGUAUCCAAUUCGGAAUGCCAGGAUGCUUACAACGGUUCCCCUCGCAUCUACAAUCGUCAGAUGUGCGCUGGCGGCGUCCCAGAUAAAGACUCCUGUGGAGGCGACUCAGGAGGCCCCCUCCUACACCCGGGGGUAGUAGGUCGAGUAGGGCUCCGCUACGUGCAGCGUGGGAUAGUGUCCUAUGGCUCUAAGCGGUGUGGGGUUGGAGGCUUCCCUGGUGUUUACACCAGGGUGGGGCACUAUAUGGACUGGAUACUGGACAAUAUGCGGCCUUGAUGUAGGGGUUGUUCCAGAGGCCCUCUUACACCCGGGGGUAGUAGGUCGAGUAAGGCUCCGUUACGUGCAUCAGAGAGGGAUAAUGU